AUGCUCGCCAACGUUGUCGCCCUCGCGCUCCUCUCCUUCGCCUCGGCGCGUAUCCCCACUGCACUUCCGUCGGUGACUCCGGCGUGCGCCGACACCUGCUCCACCUACUCGGCUUGGGGUAACUGCAUCGACAGCACUGUCACUUCCGAGUGUGUUGACGUUUGCACCACGAGGAUGGACCCGGCGCAAUGUUUGGAUGAUGACAAGAACCACGGCUCACAACCCCCGCAGCAGUCGGACGCCAUCCAGACCUGCCUCACCUGCCUCGGUUCGGCCACCUCGGCCUCGUCGCUCCUCACGCGCUACUGCGCGGCUAUGACCACUGGCACCGUCGAGAGCGCCACUGCCGAGUCGUCCGAUGCCAGCUCGGAGACUGCCGCUUCGGCUGACCCCACGACUGACGCGGCGUCAGUCUCGGCGUCGACCUCAGAGUCUGGUAGUGACGGCACUGCGGCGGCGACGACCAGCGCGGAUCUGACGACUCCCUCUUCUGAGCCCACCACCUCUUCUGCGACUGUGGAGGCUGCUGUAGCGACCUCGGUCUCAUCCACCCCCUUCACUGGCGUGACUACUACUAUCGCCACUUCUUCGAGCAAGGCUGCUUCCUCCUCCUCCUCAUCUUCGGUCGCCAAGAGUGCCACUGUUGUCUCGUCGGCCGCUACUUCGUCGUCGACCGCCAAGUCGGGUGCUCGCGUCGCCGCCGCCCCUGGAGCCAUCCUUGCCGUUGUUGCCGGCGCCGUCGCUCUCCUCUAA